CCUGCGAGCUGGCCGCCCCAGCUUGUUUACAUCUGCAGACAUGUCCCUGAAGACGGUCGGUACGGCGCUGACACGUACGCUGUGGGCCGCGGGGAGCAGGACGCCCCCGGGGCCCCGGUCCCCCAAAGCCGCCAGGCUGUCCGCGACGCGCGGGCUCUCCGGGUCCGGGGACGAAGCCCCGCGCGGCCGCUGCGGCUCCGCGGGGCACAGCUGCGCCUCGGUCGGACCGACGGGCGACGACCCGCCUCACAUCGGCACCACCGGGGACAAGAAGCGGGCCAAGGAGCCCGCGGGGGGCGCGGGCGUGAGGAGGCGCUCGUUCACGUCCACCGCGGCGCCCGUUGACCAGCGCUCGUACCUGUGGAGCCGUUACAGUGACAUGAGGCGACUGGUGCACGAGCUGAUCCCGCCGGGUGCGUGCAAAACUCUCAACUCCGCCGCCAUCUAUGCCAACAACGAGGUCGACCUGGCCGAGGUGGACAUCUACGGCUUCGACUACGACUACACGCUGGCCCUGUACUCCAACGCGCUCAACACCAUGAUCUACAAUCAGGCUCGGACCUUCCUCAUCGAACACUUCAAGUACCCAGAGGAAAUCAGUAAAUAUGAAUAUGUCCCCAACUUUGCUGUGCGUGGUCUUCACUAUGACAUCCAAAAGGGUCUUUUGAUGAAGAUCGACGCUUUCCAUUACAUUCAGAGAGGAACGGUGUAUCGGGGCUUGAGCCCGUUGUCAGACGAGGAGGUCCUGGACCUCUAUGGGGGGACUUUUCAUAUCCCCCUGCAUGAAGACAGUGGCUUCUAUGGAAAGGGACCGAGAGUGAAGCAGUUCAUGGACAUCUUCUCAAUCCCAGAGAUGACCCUGUUGGCUGUGGCGAAUGAUUUUUUCAUUACCAAUGACAUUGAAUAUGAUCCCGUUCACCUCUUCAAGGACAUCUCGGAAGCCAUUGGCAUGGUUCACCUCAAAGGCUUCAUGUACAAAUGGGUCAUGCAAGAUCUUGGAAGGUUGAUCCAGCGUGGAGAAGAGACCGAUGCUGUUUUGCAUCGACUGGUCAGCCAGGGAAAGAAGCUGUUCCUGAUCACCAACAGCCCCUUCAGCUUUGUGGACAAAGGAAUGACGCACAUGGCGGGAAAGAAAUGGAGAGACUUCUUUGAUGUAGUCAUCGUGCAGGCAGACAAACCUCACUUCUUCACAGACUGCGUCAAACCUUUCAGACGCUUGGAUGAUAAUGGAGACCUGCGCUGGGAGAAGAUCAAGAGUUUGGACAAAGGGCAGAUCUACAAACAGGGAAACUUGUACGACUUUCUCAGACUGACGGGAUGGCGAGGAUCCAAAGUGCUGUAUUUCGGAGACCACCUUUAUAGUGACUUGGCCGACCUGAUGCUGCGUCACGGCUGGCGUACGGCCGCCAUUGUGCCCGAGCUGGAACACGAAACCAAAGUGGUGAGCACCAACCGGUACGCCCUGAGCCUCACGUGGCUGCAGGCUUUAACCGGCCUGCUGGAGCAGCUGCAGGUCCACAAAGACCAAGAGUCUAAACAGGUUUUUCGGGAGUGGCAGCAGGAGCGAGAUGAACUCAGGGCGAUGAUAAAGAACUUGUACAACCCUCAGUUCGGCAGCAUCUUCCGAACAGGUCACAACCCCACGUACUUCUCCAGGCGCCUGUGCCGUUUCUCAGACAUCUACAUGGCCUCCCUGAGCUGCCUCUUGAACUACGACCUGUCGUACACGUUCUACCCCCGCCGCACCCCCCUGCAACACGAGGCCCCCCUGUGGAUGGACCAGCUGUGCACGGGCUGCAUGAAGACGCCGUUCCUGGAGGAGAUGUCUCACAUCCGAUGAGAGCUGGGCUCUCCUCGCUGACUGAAAGGACUCUGGAUUUUUAGGGGCCUGGCAAACAACUCAAACUGCCCAAGGACAUCUUUUAGAGGGGUUUCGUUUGUUUGUUUUCGUUUACCUAAGAAGUUGCCGCACAGCUCCUUUCACAGGGGGCAAAGUUCAACACUUUUUCCAAUGGUUUCACUAGAGGGCGCUGUAGCAUAGCUGUACAUGUUACACAUGCUGUGCUACUGAACUGACAAUCUGGCUUCUGCCUCAAAUAAGCAAUGAACUUCAUAGAGUACUGAGCUGCUGACGCACAAUUUAAACAGUGAUGUUGUCUUACAAUUUUAUGUGAUGUUUAUUUUUUUUUUAACCUUGUAACACUCUACAAACAAGUCGUGAUCAUAGUUACAUUGAAGGUCAAUGAGUGGAACUGAAUUUGACUUCUGUUGCAUUGAGAAUAAACUCUGAUGAAUAAAACACGUCCAGUGAGUA